CUCCCGCAUCUCCUUUCCCCAGCUGCCUCUUCUCUAGGAAUAUCCAUGGCCCAGGAUGCCGGGGAUACCCAGAAAGGAGGCCCAAUCACUCCGAACAGGCUCCAGGCCGGAAGCACCACCUGUGCAGUUGUUCCCGCUUGCAAUGCAUUCAUGAAAGAGCCCUGCCAGGGGAGGGGAUGACAGUUCUAUGUUUUGUCCAAAGCUUUCAUGCCAAGAAUCACUGGGUUGCUCAACAAUGAAUGAAGCAAUCCCUGAUCCCAAUGAGAAGCUAAUCGUCAUCCAUUCCAAGGUUCACAGGGACACUAUUUUGGCUAACUUUGAAGAACAAAGGCGAAAGGAUUUUUUGUGUGAUAUCACUCUCAUUGUAGAAAAUGUCCAGUUCAGAGCCCACAAAGCUCUGCUGGCUGCAAGCAGUGAGUAUUUCUCAAUGAUGUUUGGCGAUGAGGGUGAGAUUGGCCAGUCGAUCUACAUGCUGGAAGGGAUGGUGGCGGAUGCCUUUGGGGCACUCUUGGAAUUUGUCUACACAGGCUGUCUUCAGGCCAGUGAAAAGAGCACAGAGCAGAUCCUAGCCACUGCUCAUCUUCUCAAAGUGAAUGACCUAGUGAGGGCAUACAGCGAUCAACAGAAAAACUGUAGUUUGAAUGACACACUACCUGCCAGCCCCAAUGGGGAAAUUGCAGUUCCUUUCUUGGCAAACAACAUGAAGGUUGAAGAUCCACCAAAGCGAAAACGGGGAAGACCAAGAAAAGUGAAAUAUGUCCAAGAGGAAAAACCGGAGGCACCUUCUACUGAAGAUGUGCAAUUGAGAGAGAAUAAUUCAGUUCAGAAUAAGCAAAAUUUUAUGAAAAAAGAUGCUGUGGAGGAAGACAGAGAAUCCAAUGAAGUGAUUCCUUUAAGUGGAGAAGUGAGAGAAGCUGAGCGUGCCUCCUGUUCAGAUACAGUAGAGAUUGUCUCCACUGAAAAAGAUGAGAACUACGAUCCUCUAUGCCCAAGUGCACAGCCCAGCCAAAGUCGUUACAGCAAGCGUAGGAUAAGGCGGUCGAUCAAACUCAAAGAUUAUAAACUUAUUAGUGAUGAAAAGGAGACUGGCCUGAAAAAGAGGUCUGAUGGGAGAAAAAAACGUACUGGAUCAGAGGUUGAGUGCAAGGACUGUGGGAAACUAUUUAAAUACAACCAGUUUUUAGCUAUUCAUCAAAGAAUUCAUACUGGGGAUCGCCCGUUCAAGUGUAGUGAAUGUGGUAAAGGUUUUUCCCAGAAACACUCUCUCCAAGUCCAUGAGCGGAUGCACACUGGAGAACGGCCAUACACCUGCACUGUGUGCAAUAAGGCUUUAACAACAAAACACUCACUCCUGGAACACAUGAGCCUCCAUACAGGUCAGAAGGAUUUUACCUGUGAUCAGUGCGGAAAAUAUUUCAGCCAGAAAAGGCAACUUAAGAGUCAUUACAGAGUUCAUACAGGCCAUUCGUUGCCAGAAUGUAACCUGUGCAAUCGCAAAUUUAUGGAUGCAGCUCAGUUGAAGAAACAUUUAAGAACACAUACAGGUGAAAGGCCAUUUACUUGUGAAAUUUGUGGCAAAUCUUUCACAGCAAAAAGCUCUCUUCAGACUCACAUCAGAAUUCACAAGGGAGAAAAGCCAUAUUCGUGUAGCAUUUGUGGGAAAUCCUUUUCUGAUUCCAGUGCUAAGAGGAGACACUGCAUCUUGCACACAGGCAAAAAGCCUUUCUCUUGCUCUGAGUGCCAUGUGCAGUUUUCACGCUUGGACAACCUGAAAUCUCACUUAAAGAUUCACAUCAAAGAAAAGCAGCUGCAGGAAGUAAAUGGUGGUCCUUCUACUAUUGCCAGCACCACCGCUGCCGAGGAAAUAAGGAACAUGGUUCAACUACAACAGUACCAACUCUCCACCUCUGGAGCCCAAGAGAUCCAGUUGCUGGUGACUGAUUCAAUGCACAACAUCAAUUUUGUGCCCAGCCACAAUCAAGGUCUCAGUGUUGUCGCGACGGAUGGUUCCCAGAACGUGAUGACAGACCAUGCCGACAAUCUUACUCUUCUUGCUCAGCCCCCACAGCAGCUGCAGAACUUGCUCCUUUCAACCCAGCCAGGACCAUCAGGCCAAAUUGGGAACAUCAACAUUGUGAGUGGCCAAAUGACACCUGCCCAGGCCGAGCAAAUGCAUGUCAUCACGCUCUCAAAGGAAGACUUGGAGCACCUCCAUGCCACCCAAAGUCCGGCCGAAGUGCUUCAGAUCGCAACAGGAGCAUCUCACCCAACACAGCACUUGCAGGUGGCUCAGGAAGUUAGCCAUUCGUAUCGUAUCAGUCAAGACACUGCCCUACCUCCCCAGAUCAACAAAGAGUCGACUCAAUCUGUACACAUCUCUGAAUCAGCUCAACAAUCCCUGACUGUGGACCAGACUUCUUCCAAUGAUGUCCAUAUUGAGAGGCAGACUUUUUAAAGUACAUUUGCUUCUCAGAAAUGUAUUUAUUAUAUGCUUCAAAAUAUAUUUAUCAAAAGGUAAUUGAGGUCUUUCAAACAAAUUCUUAUCAGUCUUCUUCUGUUAUCUGUCUGUCUUUGCAUUGUGGUAUUGUCGUUUUCCAGCCAUAACAACCAUGAACACAGUUUAGCAAUCCACAAAGCAGCACUAUAAAGGUUUCCUCCUCCCUCCUUCCCUAUUCCUUAAACUAUGGUUUCCCAUUAUAUUGAAACUUGGAAACUGAUCUAAACUCUCAACACUUUGGCUUGCAGACCAGAAUCUUAACUAGUAAAAAAAGUAUGAAGGCUUUCAUUCAUUCUCUGUCCAAGGAACCAGGCUUUAGUGGACCAAGGAUUUUAUGUCUGCAUUAGUGCACUGUCUGAAGGAGAAAUCACGUUGCACUUAAAAUAAAGCAGUACUGCUAGACAUCCAUGCAGAGAUAUUGCUUUUUGAUUCACACUUGGUCUCUUCUUGUAUCCUUUUCCCUAACUUUGCAUGUUCAGCUACCAUUUUUUUUUAAUGCAAGAUCUGAUUCAGUUGAAAUCAGGAAAAGUCCAAAGAAGUUGCCUUUCUUUCCCAGUGGGCCGUGUCGGAGAUGAAAUCAGUCAUCUCAGCAAUUGGAUGUGAUGUUGAGUGAGGUGUGUGCAAAGAAAGUGAUAAGGAUUGGCACACAAGGAUAGAGCCGCAAGAAGUGCCCAGCCUUUUCAGCCACUCUUUUUAAGAACUAGAUGUUUGGACUAGUACUAUACUAUGUGUUUGCAGUCAGCCCAUGUGAUGCUCACUAAGAAACCAGUCUUACCACCUGCAUUCUUUGAAGCAUUUGACAGUUUUUGUCAGAUCUAUUCUUUGUUAAAGCAGCAGUUUGGAUCUGUACAAUUCUGUUCCUUAUGUGAACACCAAAUUAAGGCAUUAAAUAAUAUAUGGUGAUUAGAAUAAAGCUAGUAACAACCUUUAGUUCAUCUAUUGACUCCGCCAUAAAUAUAGUUAUUGCCAAAUCAUGCAAACUUCCUGUGCCUUAGCCGUUACACCUCCAACAUGUGAAUAAACACCUGCAAUGCAACUGAAUUAUCCUUGAAUGCUUAAGUGCUAGAAAUAAGUACAUUCAGAAUCUGCAAACCACAAAAUCACUUAUUUAAGCGCUGUCAUCAUUUGCCUUGAGAAUAUGAUAGAUUAAGUGUGGAUGAGUUGCUGAUAAAGAAUUUUUCAAAAUUCAGACAAGUAUUGCAAAUGGCUUUUUAGAAGCCAUAUUAAAAAAAUGCUUGAUACACUGAGUUGUAAAUGUUCUUUUGGGCAUUGGAGGGAGAAAGAAUGUUACUGAAAAGUAAUUUUGGAAGGAAAUUCUAUAAGGCAGAAAAAUAAAACGUGAAAGUUUAGCUACUAAAAUUAAUUUCUCUAAACUGAUUAUUCUGCUGUGGCUAAUGGAGUUGCAAAAAUAAAGUCAAUAAAUCUAAAAGUGUUAUUUCAUCAGACGUGAGUAAAAAAUGUAAAGCUGCAUAUGUGUUCUCACACAUAAGAUGGAAAUUUUUAAAAAUAAAAACAGUAAAUGAACUUA